CUAAAGAAAGACAAGCUUGAGCUAAUCAGAAUGAAUGAUGAUCUUAGGGCACAAAAUAUGAACAUGUCCUGUUCUAUAUCUGAUUUGAAAAUGGCAAAUAAAAAUUUGGAAAACGAAAAGAGCAGCCUUUUGACUGCUCUUAAGUUAUUUCAAAAUGACUCUCAACAUACGUCCAUGACUAACACUGUGAUUUCAAAAGACGGAGAAAUUAACAUUGAACCGGCCUGUGAAAUCAUACAUAAUAAUGAAGUCACUCAACUGAAUCAUGAAUCUGAUCAGCCUGUAAUCUAUAGUCAGCCCAACGCCAAAGAAAGUCUUACAAAAAAGAGUAAAAAGAAGAGUAAGAAAACCAAGUCUAAACCAUCAGCUCAUAAUACCAGUCAACUAAAUGCUCCGGAUGCAAAUACCUCUGGCUCUGGCGGGAUUGCAAAUACCUCCAACAUUGAAACAACGAGACAGGGCCAGAACUCGCAGAAGCAAUCAGUUGUUAUUGCAGGAGACUCAAUUGUUAAAAAUAUUAUCGGUCCGAAGAUGAAUGCUGAAGAUCCUAAUCAUUAUUUUAUUGUAAAGCCGUUCCCUGGAGCAACAGUCACAGACAUGGAGGACUUUGUCAAGCCACUUACAAGAAGAACACCGGACAAGAUGAUUUUACAUGUUGGAACAAACGACCUGAGAAGUCAUUGCACGCCAAAAGUAAUAGCUGACUCUAUCGUCAACAUUGUAACGCAAGUAAAAGAAGAUUCACCAGGUACAGAUGUUGGAAUAUCAGCCAUUCUGGUAAGGUCUGAUAAUCAUGACUUAACUGUUAAAGCUACUCAGGUUAAUAACAUUCUUAAAGGCUAUUGUAUUCGCAAUAAAAUUCCCUUCUUAAGUAAUUCAAAUAUGAAUGAAAGCCACCUAAACACGAAGGGCCUUCAUUUAAAUAGACAAGGUAGCUUAGCUUUACAACAAAACUUUUUAGAUUUUGCUAAAUCUAUCUCAGAUUGACAAUUUCCCAAAUCCG